UAGCGACUCUAACGCAUAGAAGUCGCAUUUAUUCAUAAUUAGCGAUUUCGUUCCAAAAAUAUCGGCACUCCCAACUGUCAACUCCAACAACUUGAAUUGGGGCUCUCCGUUAAUCCUCUCCUGUCAUAAAUCAUUUCAGUUUAUAGCCAUUCUUAAUUAUUGAUAUUCUUGUUCGGGAAAACUAGCCGCUAACUAUUGCUAUUGGAAUAAUUUGCGAGGUGAUGAUAUCGCCUCUUAUACGUCGCCCACAAAGUGUUUGAUCAUAUGUCCAACUGGAACUUUGUGGGACUUAUUAUCGAACCUUGAUAAGUAUUCGCAAAUGACACCAUUAUUGGCUCCACCGGGUGCCAUUCAAUCCCAAAUUCAUGCAACACUGUUUGUUUCACUUCAAUCCCAUCUCAUCCCACCAUUGCCCAUCACCAUAAAACGAAACAAUUGUCCUAAAAACAAAAAGUCUUCGCUUUCUGCUCCUGUAGCUAUUACAUGUUCUUCAUCUUCUCACAAACUAGUCCGUGAUCCAAGGUUGGACAAGCAUGUUGUAAAGCAAAACAAGAUACGGUUUGUUCAGAAGCUCAAGACUCUCCUCCUUUCCAAGCCUAAACACUUUAUGCCCAUCCAAAUUCUCUACAAAUGCCGUGCUUACUUGUCAUUGCCUAGUCCACGUUCUAUCAUAUCGAUGAUCCGUCGUUACCCCACCAUUUUCGAGCUCUUCUCAGUCCCGACUCCUCCCACACCGUUCAAUGCCACUGGACCGUUAUCCCAACUCUGUGUUCGCCUUACCCCAGCUGCUACAGCUCUUGCAAAAAAAGAAAUCAAUCUUAAGAAACGUAUGUCCAUUUCUUUGGCCAAAAAGCUCCAAAAGCUUCUAAUGCUCGCCUCACCACACAACAGGCUUUUGUUGUCCAAGCUUGUUCAUUUGGCUCCUGACCUUGGCAUGCCCGUUAACUUCCGUUCUCGCCUUUGUAAUGAUCAUCCAGAUAAAUUUAAGGUCGUGGAUACUUCUUAUGGACGUGCACUUGAGCUUGUUUCGUGGGAUAAUGAACUGGCUAAGUGUUUACCCUCGCAUGAUGAAGUAGAGGCACUUGGAUUGAUAGUAGACAGGCCGUUGAAAUUUAAGCAUUUAAGACUUCGUAAGGGACUUAACAUCAAGAGGCGUCAUCAUGAUUAUCUCAUAAAGUUCAAGGAAAUCCAAGAUGUGUGUCCGUACAAGACUAAAGCAGGAGAUUUUUUAAAAGAAUCCAUUGAAGCGGAGAAGCGGGCUUGUGCUUUGGUGAGAGAAGUAUUGGGAAUGACAGUCGAGAAGAGAACAUUGGUGGACCAUUUGACACAUUUCAGGAAGGAGUUUGGAUUGCCGAAUAAGUUAAGAGGAAUGUUAGUGAGGCACCCGGAGUUGUUUUACGUGAGCUUAAAGGGGCUAAGGGACUCUGUCUUUCUGGUGGAGGGAUAUGAUGAUAAGGGAGCACUUUUGGAGAAGGAUGAGAUAUUGGCUAUAAAAGAUCAGCUGAUGGAGCUGGUUAGGGAAGGGAAGAAAUUGAGAAGAGAGAAGAGAAAGGAGUAUCUUUCAGUUGAUGUCUCGAAAAGUAAUGCUAGUCAAUUGAACGAUGAAGUUGAUGAUGACAAAUAUGAUGAUUACGAUGAUGGUUUAGAUGAUCUAUUCCAAUUUGAGGAUUUCAGUUCCGAGGAUGACUUAGAUGAUAAUGACAGUCAAGAGUCAAUAAGGUGGAACAAGAAAGGUGAGUUUUGGACAGCCGAGACAACUUUUGUUUUAGAAAAUGAGACUGGCUUAGGUUCCGAACCUUGGUAGGAACAUCAGAUGAACAUAACUUGGAUUAGCUAAGAGUAUUUGUUUUUGGGUGUUGUGAUCUAUCAAAGGAGAUGCUUAUUCUAUCAAAUAUCAAGCCGACCUCUCCGCAGAUUAGGUAUAUGACGAAGAAAAAAUUAGUUGGAGGUUAUUAAGACAUCAAACUGAUAUUCGAGCCAUUACUUGUCAUGUGAGCCCUAAAACUCCAUGGCACACAGCAGCAUUCUAUGCGUUGAAUUGGCAGAAUUCAUUGCCAAACUCGUAUAGCAUGCAGUAUGAUGCAUAAUGUGGUGAACUGGAUGCACUGGGUAAGCGUUGUGCAUGUAAAUUGUCAAAUUUUAGAACUCGAAGAUUAACAGUUAAAAUAACAAAAAUGUUACUUA